CUGACACUGGCGGUGGAUGCACUCGCUGCGUUGCGAGCUAGGCUGUGACCCGGGCUGGUGGGGAAGGGAAGGAGAGGAGCCGGCUGCCCCCGCUCAGACCCAGCCCGCCCGCCAUCUGUGAGACUUGGAUUGGAAAAUUGAUGGCGGUCGUGUAGAGGACACCAGGAGCUGACAGGAUGAACAGUCUCGUGUCCCUGGACAGGCACAUUCAACAGACAAAUGACAGGCUCCAGUGUAUUAAACAGCAUCUACAAAGCCCAGACAGUUUCCAGACAGCAGCUCAAGAGCUUCUUGACUGGUGUGAAGACCCUCGUGCAUUCCAGAGAACCUUCGAGCAGAGUCUAAUGGGAUGUUUGUCGGUUGUAAGCCAUGUGUCGACCCAACAAGGCUUUGACUUGGAGCUUGGCUAUCGGCUGCUGGCUGUCUGUGCAGCUCACAGGGAGAAAUUCAGCCCAAAGUCUGCAGCACUGCUUACCUCGUGGUGUGAGGAUUUGGGUCGACUCCUCCUUCUGCGCCAUCAGAAGAGCCGUCCAAACAAUCCGGCUGUUAAGUUGCCCUUACAGCCCCCCAUGAACUCGAUGAAUCCCAUGAAGCCUUCCCUUCCACCCACUCCUCACAGUGAUGGGUCAUUCACAUACAAUGAUUCUGUUCCUUGGCAACAGAACACCAAUCAGCCUCCGGGUUCGCUUUCUGUGGUAACUACAGUAUGGGGAGUCAAUAAUACAUCUCAGAGUCAGGUCCUAGGAAAUCCUAUGGCUCCUGGGGGUAACUCCAGUGGGAAUCACAUGACAUCUGGGAUACCUGGAAAUGGUCCAGGAAUGAACUCUCCACAGUUCAUAGGACAGCAACCAUUCCCAGCCACAGAAACAGGUUCAAGCAAGGGAUACAUGCAGCAAAAUAUGUAUGGACGGCCUAACUAUCCUGGAGGAGCAGGAUACGGUGGAAGUUACCCUGGUGGCCCAAAUGGUUCUGGUGGAAUGGGAAUCCCUUCACAUUCCAGGCCACCAACGCACUUCACCCAGCCAGCUGCUGCUGCAGCUGCUGCUGCUGUGGCUGCGGCUGCAGCCACCGCCACCGCCACUGCCACAGCCACCGUGGCUGCCCUGCAGGAGAAGCAAAACCAGGAGAUGAGCCAGUAUGGACCGAUAAGUGCAGCCCAGUCCUAUAACAACCAAUACAUGAGUCACUCUGGCCCUCGUGGUUCACCACAGAUGUCCACUGGAAUGACCACAGGAGGAAUGGCUGGCCCAAUGGGACCAUCAAGUAUAUCACACAUGUCUAUGAACCACUCAAGGCCACCUGGUAUCAACCCCAUGUUCAGUGCACAGAGCCAGCGAAUGCCACAGCACGGAUAUGCAGGACCCCGACCAACACAACAGAUGCCUGGGCAAGGAGUAAAGAGGCCAUAUGUCAAUGAGCAGAGCUAUCCAGGUCAACAGUAUGGUCCCAGCAGCCAGUACCCUAGCCAGCCCAGCCAGUAUGCUCCUUCAAACCCCCAGCGGUCCAUUCCAUCUCCCAACUAUCCAGCACAUAGGAUGCCAGGCCAGCAAAGCACAGGACAGUACCCCGUUCCCCCAGGAUCAAUGGGGCAGUAUUAUAAGCCAUCUGAGAAAUAUAAUGGGCAGAGUAACAGCUUCAUGGGUGGUAACUACACCAGCUACACCCAGGCCAAUAUUAAUGGGCCUUCAAGAUCUAUGCCUGGCUAUCCCAGUUCCCCUAUAUCAGGCAACCCAACACCUCCAAUGACUCCAGGAAGCAAUAUUCCUCCAUACAUCUCACCAAACCAGGAUGUCAAAUCACCCUUUCUUCCCGACAUAAAGCCCAACCUGAAUAGUCUUCCUCCUCCCCCUUCAUCAAACCCUGCAGAUGAGCUACGACUGACAUUCCCCGUGCGGGAUGGUGUUGUAUUGGAACCAUUCCGGUUAGAGCACAAUCUUGCUGUCAGCAACCAUGUCUUUCACCUACGUCAUUCUGUGCAUCAGACAUUAAUGUGGAGGCCAGAUCUGGAGCUUCAAUUUAAGUGUUAUCAUCACGAAGAUAGACAGAUGAACACAAAUUGGCCAGCUUCGGUCCAGGUUAGCGUGAAUGCUACGCCCCUCACAAUUGAACGAGGUGACAAUAAAACUUCCCACAAACCACUCUACUUGAAGCAUGUGUGCCAGCCGGGGAGGAACACGAUUCAGAUCACUGUGACCGCCUGCUGCUGUUCACAUCUGUUUGUGCUACAGUUAGUACAUAGGCCUUCAGUUCGAUCAGUACUACAAGGCCUCCUGAAAAAGAGACUUCUGCCUGCAGAGCACUGUAUAACUAAAAUCAAGCGGAAUUUCAACAGCAGUGCAGUCUCUUCAGGUAACCCUGGGCUGAAUGGGGAGGAUGGUGUCGAACAAACAGCAAUUAAAGUGUCAUUGAAAUGUCCGAUUACAUUCAGACGAAUCCAGCUUCCAGCACGAGGACAUGACUGUAAACACAUACAGUGUUUUGAUCUUGAGUCGUACCUACAGUUGAACUGUGAGCGAGGAACAUGGAGAUGUCCAGUCUGCAACAAAACAGCACUACUGGAGGGGCUGGAAGUUGACCAGUAUAUGUGGGGCAUCUUGGCAGCCAUUCAAAACACGGAGUUUGAGGAGGUUACAAUUGACCCUACAUGCAGCUGGAGGCCAGUACCGGUGAAGUCGGACAUCCACAUAAAAGAUGACCCAGAUGGCCCCAUUGCCAAAAGGUGCAAGACGAUGAGCCCCAGUCAGAUGAUCAUGCCCAAUGUAAUGGAGAUGAUUGCUGCACUAGGUCCAGGAACAUCUCCCUAUCCAUCUCUACCACUACCACCAGGGGGCAACAAUAACAGUGACUACACUCAUCAGAAUUCUGUUUAUUCUGGGCAGGGGAACUUUCCCGAUUUUCCCCAUGGCACUGUUACCAACACAUCUAUUAAUGAGUUUAUGCAUGGGCCACCACUGAGCUACCCAUCAGAUAUCCCAAAUAUGACUCCUGACAAGCCCCUUGGACACUCCAUGUCAGAUCAGAUUCCUCAUUCUGCUACAAUAGAUCAAUCCCACCCUACUAUGCAGCAAGGAGUCCAUGCACCCCACCUUGGCAACCAGUCAGGGCAGCCACUGCACCACAGAAGCCCUUCCCAGCAUCAACGGCAGCUCCAGCAGGCAGGCUCCAAUGCCCAUUCACAUGGUGAAUUGACCUUCAAUCCAUCCUCGGUGAUGGAAGGUCAGCCAGGUGGUCAGGGAGCAGCUGAUGUUCCAGAGCCUUCUCUGGAACUUCUUCCAGAGAUUACAAACCCAGAUGAGCUACUUUCCUAUCUAGGACCUCCAGACAUGCCAAACAACAGCAAUGAUGACCUUCUGUCCUUGUUUGAGAACAACUAAAAUUCUUCCUUUUUAACCACCAUGAUAACUGAAGCUUCAUCUUCACUGAAGCUCAAUUGAGACUCCACACUGCCUUGCACUGUUGAUAGUGAAAACCUAUUGACAGAUGUCUCUGUGGACAGUACUGGUAGGAGAUCCUCCAAGACCCAUUGUAAAUUGCCAUCACCUUUUAGAGUUCUAAAUAUCUUUAGAACACAGAUGAGAUUUGAAAUGUUGACAAGCUAGAAGAAACCAGCUAAUUAGAGAAUCUAAAAUUACAACCAAUCGUUGUCAAAGAUUUGGCAGAAUAAUCGUUUGUUACUAAUGCCACAAAUCUUGUCUGUAUUUCAAAGCAUUAAGGCAAAAGAUGGGAAAGACUUCAAUGCAGCAAUUAGCUUUGAGCCACUAAUUGCAGGUUUGUUAUUCAGCUCAGUAACCUUGUGGAUUAUUCUCCACAUUCACAAUUGAUGUGAGGACUGUGACAUCUAGGAAUCAAAAGCCUUGCACGGGGAGGAAGCUGAAAAACAAAACAGAACUCGCAAGCCCCUGUUAUCAAGUACAAUGAUUUUCCUGGAUCCCUGAAGUUCCAUCUGUAAGGAAGAGAAUAGAUGGAGACUCACUAACUAUAACUUCAAAAUCAUUGAAGAAAAUGCAAAAAAAACAAAUUAUGAUCAAUUACAAAAUAAAAGCACAAAAGAUUCUUAGUGACCAAGGUAGGGACACUACAGCACUGAGGGGAAAGAGGAUUUCUUCUACGCUGUAAUGAAACAGUAUCACUGCCUGCAUUUCACAACCUGUGAUAAAGAUGUUGGCCGUCAUAUCAUUGUAAUAUAAAAGGAGUACACAGAGGUGAUUAAAUGACAGUACUGUGUUAUUAUCCCACUUUGAUUGCUCUAACCUUUUCACAAUUUUUGUUCAUUUAAAAAAAAGCAUUCUUAAUAUAGACUUAUCUGAACACACCAAUGCUGUUCUACAGGCUGUGGCUUUUGUACCAAGUCCAUGUGGCACCAAAAAGUUUUUUUAUAUAUCUAAAAUACUGUGGUAUUGGCAAAACAAUUGAACAGUGCCCAAUGAUGAUUGUUGAUUUCAAUGCUGGUGACGAUCAAUUGCAGGUGCAAGGAACUUUUUUUUAAAAAAAAUAUACACUGUGAUGAGAGAGGUCGUUUAAAACAAUACAAUUAUUGCAGAAAAUAAUCAUUGUCUUGAAAUUUGUAUUUGCAAAUUACUUCCAUAACUUUGAGGGUGGGUGAAGGGAGAAGAAAAGGAGGAUGGAAAAUCUAUGUUCCUUUUAGUUCUGUUGAGCUACAGCAGUUCAGGAUGUCUGUGGUCUAUUUAAGAUGGUUGAGAUACGUAAAUCAAUAUUGUUUAGGUUUGGGUUUAAGUUUAUGGCAUCUAUCUCCUUUAUUAGGAUUAUCUAGGGUUGUACUGCAAUUUGUAAGACAAUAAAGCUCAUUGUUUAAUUUCUAUAGCUUUUUAUUUGUAAACUAUUGUUUGCUGUUAGAAAAUUCAAUUUUAAUGUAGUAAAUUAUAUUAUUCAAAGUCCUGCUUCUGUGUCAGUCCUGGAACAUAGAGUGGGAUUUCUCCUUUUAAAUAUGAAAUGGGAUUAGAAAUCAAUUAAAGUUACAAAAAUGUCUUGAAUGCUGAAAAUGCACAGAAAGUAAUUUGGAGAAAGACAGUUUUGAGUGUAACUCUUGUAAAAGGUCAUACACAGUCAAGAGAAGCAUGUUUUUGGGAAAAAAAGUCCUGAGCAAAGCGGGAAAAUUUGUGCCAGUUUUCACAAAGAUGCUGUUAAUGAGCUCAAUAAUCAGAAGAGGUGUAGGCUAUUGCAAAUGCUAAGGGUGUGAAAUGCACUGGAAAAGCAAAAGAAAAAAUAGAUUUCCACAAAUAGAAAUCAGUAAAAUGUUGGAAAAGAAGUCGGUAAGAGUGGGAGAGCACAACUGAGAUCAAAGAUUAGAACUGUUGUUCAUAUUCAAGGAAGAAACAAUAUAGGGGAAGAUAAGACUCUAUCCAAAGGAAUAGUAUAAAUUGUAAACAAGGAAAGUGAUUGAUUCUAUUAUAGGUCCCAGGUUGUUUUUUAACUAAUCAUACACUAUUCCCUGAACAAAAAUUCAAGCAGGCAGCCAACUCCUAUUACCAUUGUGAUUUAAAAGAUAGGAGGUCAUUCAGUGUAUCGAGCCAAUGCUGGUUUUCAGAGCAAUCCUAGUCCCCAACUUAUUCUCCUGACCGGUCAAUGAUGUGCCGGAGAGUAACAUGGAAUAACCAGAUUUCUAUUUUCUCACCUGCCUUUGCAUUCUGUUUAUGCUGGUCAACUGGGGGUAUUAGAAUGUGGAUAUCAGGUAAUAAUAAUCUGUAUCUGAUUAACUUGUUGCACAGUAAGUUUGUACAUUAGGAUACUGUAGCACCUUUUAUCUCAUUUUUUUUUAGUUGAAAUGAAAGAGUAAAGAUCUGCACAAAGUCUGACAAACUCUUCUUGAAUAAGAUGCUAGAGCUUUGGACCGGCAUCGGUAGGUUUUAGCAUCUCUAGAAAUAACAGUCUACUCCUUUUUCUAUAUUCCUGUUAAGAAAUCAAGUCUUUUCAAUCACCUAACACAACCUACCCAGUAGUUCUGUACACCUACCCAGUAGUUCUGUAUACUCUUGCUUUACAAAACUAUUGGUUUUAUAGAUAAAUAGAACAUUACAGCACAGUACAGGCCCUUCGGCCCACAAUGUUGUGCCUGGUUUUAAAAUUUUCAAAUGGCCCUCUGUUUCAAUACUUUUUAGGGGAGAGUUACAGACUUGUGUUACCCUUUGAUGGAAUUUCCAGACAGCAACCUGGCUUUUAGUUCUUAGGCUGUGCAUCCUUGUUCUAGACUUCUGACCAAGAAAUAAUUUAAGGAUUCUUUAGAGUGAAGCUAUCUUAACUACAAGUCAAUCUUCAACAUUCCAGGAAACAUUGGUCUGUUGCAACCUUUCUUCAUAAUUUAAUGCCCCUAGUCCCAGUAUCAUUUUGUUGCAGGUGUGCUGCAGUGCUCUUAUUAGGGUUUAAGCAGAGAUUGAUAAUUGUACUUCUCCAAGUAUCUUAUGUUAUAAUUUAAUCGUGUAUUUUAGUUCUAUUCACGUCUUACACAUUUGUUUCUAAUGAUGAUGAUGGAAUCAAAUGUGCACAGCUCAAUAUAAUUGACAGCUGAUACUCAUGAAUGCGUUCAGCACUGGCAACCAAAGACAAAUUUCUCCUCUGACUCCCUUUGCAAAUGCUGAGGAUCAGUAGUGAGAUCAUCUGUAAUUGAUAACAAGUGAAAUUUGUCCGUAAAAUUUAUACUGCCUGAAAUGCCAGCACCCUAAUUUCAAAUCCUUCCACCUUUCCAAAUACAGAAACACCAUACUGCACUGAUGCAUAGAAACUGCUCCACUUUAUUAUGAAAUACGAUCAAUAUAAACAAUUACAUUGAUUAAAAUUUAGCAACAACUUAUUAAGGUGAUUCCCUAGAAUCCAAUAUGGUUGGUAUUUUAAGAUAGAUCUGUUGUCUCAUUUUGGAUCUUUUCCAUUUCCCGGAAAGAGAAUCUAAAUGGUUGCAUGUGCAUUUACACAGAAUUAGGAAGAAUCACAGCAUGGAAUAAGCAGCACUCCUCAUUCCAAUGUGCUUACCUUGCUUCCAUACACCUGUUAUACCUAUUUCGUUCAGUUUAUCUACCUAAUCUGUUUGUAAAGUUUGACAUGGUCUAUAUUUCAACUAUACAUUCCACAACCUCACAAAUUAGUAUUUUAAACAAAAUGUAACAUUUCUUUAAAAUGAACAUAAAAUUUUAAUCUUAAAUCUUGUCUUGAUGGUUCAAUUGCUAUAGACAACCUGACUUCAGAAACCUUCGAGGUUUUAAACACAUCUAUUGAACCAACCCUUAAGUCUCCAUUCUAACUACAACCACACUUUAUUUGCAUUUCCUCACGUCAAUCAAUUAAAAAUCCUAGUCAUUUUGCACUCAACCUUUGUAAUGCUUCAAUAUCCUUUUUACUUUAUGGAGGUCAAAACUGAACACAACACUCCAAAAUUCAUGAUUAUGUCUUACUUUAUAAAUUCCAUAACAUAAAACUCAGCUUUCAAAUGGCCUUAUUCACUAGAGGUGCCACUUUUAAUGUGUUUCACACCUGAACCAUGAUCCAUUAUCACCCAGUUUCCCCCAAUUAAAGUACAAUUAUGUUCUAUUUAGAACCAAAUGCACCCAUUCACUCUUGAUACUAAAUUUUAUCUUUUACUUUUUUUUGUUCACUUGAUCAUUUUAUCAAUAUUCUCUUGCCAUUUUCCUGGCAUGUCAUAACUAAUUCCUGUGCCUCUUACCCACAAAUUUAGAUAUCAUUCCCUCUGGAUUUUUACCCAAAUUAUUGACAUAUUCAAUGGACAGAAACAGUUCAAGAACAGAAGCCUGUGGGAUGCCACCAAGAAACUUGCCUACAUCCAACUCAUUUAAUUCCUUCCCCAUUCUAAACAUUUUUACCCAUUCUAGAAUCCUUUUUCACAAUUCUGUAUUAGUCCUUUUUCUCCAAUUUUCUACAAUCUGGUACCACAACAGAAGGAUUUUGAAAGUCAAAUUCUCUACAUUUCCUCAUCCACUAUAUCAGUCUCUGUAAAGAACUCUUGGAAUUGUUAGAAAAUUCUUUCUGAAAUUCAAAUUGGCCAUUUCCACUUAUUUUAUCUUCCUCUAGAUCUUUAGUAGUUCUAUUUUUAAAUAUUCUUCUUUGUCACAUUAACUGGAACAGCCAAGUCUUCCCUUCAAAAAUGAAUAUUACAUUUCUCCACUUUCCAGUCUUCCAAAACAUGUAUAUUCUCAAAGCAACUUUAAAAUAUAAUUAUACCAAGUCAGGUCUUCCUUCCUAAAACUAUGAUCUGCCUGUCUUUUCUCACUUAUGUAGACUUUACCUAGCUGCUUACAAACUGUUUUGGCUCCCAGUGUCUGUAUUCACAACAUGUCAGUUUCAAGGUAUACUUGGGAAAGGAUGCUACUAAUUGUACGCUAAUCAAGCCUAAUAAUAGCAUCAACAAAGUGCACUUUCACUACUUAUUGUACAGCUAAUAACAGUCAACUAUCAGUUAUCUCCACAAUGUUAAUUUUUAUCAAUGUGUAAUUUUUUUCACUAUACUAUUAUAGUUUAUUUUAUAUGGAAGAAACGUGCCACAAGUUAUUGUUUGAGAAUGACCACAAGGAAACAUUUGUGCUGAACAUGGUUUCCAGCAUGUGGCUGGCUGUAGAACAUACACCAAAUGCUGUGUGCAGAUAAAACCCUUUGAUAUUUUCAGUAGAACAACACUUUGUAAGAAAAUAACUUUACAAGUGCCAGUAAAACUUUUGAUUUUGGGAAAACUAUAUUUUAUAUACAUAAAUGUUCCUCUUUUAUUACUCUGCUCAAGUUAAGUUUGGAGUGCUUUAAAAUAUUAUGACCAAAUUAGCUAUGGAAACUACAAGGAAAUUCUGUUUUUAAACACCAAAACAAUUGUCUUCUUUGCAUGUUCCUGCUUAAUACUGUAUAUAGUCAUCUGUGGUGGUCUCUGUUCUGAUGUACUGUUGCUGUUUAAAUACAUGCUUAAAAUGCUUUAGCACCAGUAGAACUCAGUUAAGCCACAUAUAUUUGCAGAUUUAUCUCAAACUCUGCUUUCAAUCCAAAUUGUAUCUAUUACAGCUUUUAAACACCCCCUUUCCCUAAAAUGUAGCCUUCAACUAGGGCAUUUUCUCCAGCCACAAACUGCCUUCAAGUGACCUCUUAACACACAAGGCCCCAUUGAGAGAGUUAAUGGGCUCCCAUCCCCCUCCCAAAAGAAAUCGGACUACUUAAAGCUUUAUCCAAUUUUUACCACCCACAAACAUAGAUUUUAUUGGUAAGAGGCAUUAAAUCGGAAUCAAUGAAGGGUUUUAGUGCAUUCAUUUCUCCCUUCUCUUGCUGAGAAACUUUAGUAAUUGUAAUAACCCAACCGUUACCCUGAGUGAAAUUAGCUAACUCGAUACAGAAAGGAAUCAGAUCAGGGGUACAGGUCUAUUUGGCUUAGUUACUUAUUUAACAGCUGAUGGAAUUCCAGAUAUACUUCUCUAUGUUGAAGCUAACACAUUACCUACUCCUGUUUAAAGUUCUUUUGGAAGUCUUCCCUCAUGGUACAAUUCUACAUACUUUUAAUCUGAAUUCACUGAAGUGCAUAUAUGACAUUAGACUCUUUGGAGUCUCCUUUAAACAUUCACAUAUCACAUCAAAGGUUCAACAUCAUUGAUAUGAAAUGGAAAAACAAGUAUUUUUGUUUUCAGAAUAAAGGUGGAACAUUUCUUGUCUGUGACCUUGCACAAAUAAAAUUGAAAUUUGUUCUGGAUGUCCUGCAUUUCAAGGUUCCUUUACAUUGUUUUAAAAUAUUUUGCCCUUUCUCCCCAGCUUUUCUGGCUUUAGCCACACUGUAAUCUCUGCAGUUAAAAGAGUAAGCAAUUGGACUUGAUUCAUCAGGAAUAAAAGUGUGAAUUAUCCAGCAACCUAAAGUACACAUAGCUUUACUUUGUCCUGUUAUUUUACUGUUAUGUUUACUGCAUCCCAACAGUACACAUUCUAAAUUCAGAAGUGUAUUACUGACAAUUUUACGUUUUCCAAAGCAGUCUCCUGUAACCAUGUGGGAUUCCUAAUUUAAUGUUGUAGAAUGGUAAAUUAGGAGCUGUUGUGUGUUUUGGGCUGAAUCAAUUAGGUCUUUCCAUAUUUAUUUCAUUCACAACCACAGAUCUUUGUCAUCUGGGUUACAUUCCAAUACAUGGAAGUUAUUCUAUUGCAGUACCCAAACUCCUGAACUGUACGGCUUUUAAUCAGGAAGUUAUGUAAUAUCAGGAUAUAACUGACCAACUACUACUCAGUGAAUAGACUUGAAACAUUUAAAUUGGUUGAACCCAAUUUGCUUUCAAUCAAAUAUCUUAAAAAUUAGCAAAGAGUUGAUUGGGAAAAUGUUACCAUCAAAUUCAAUAUUAUUACUUACAUCCAUUGAUGUAGGAAUUAAGCUAGUGGUUUUUAAGAAAGAUAAUGUUUAUCUAGAGUUUUAGUUGACAUAGUAGUUGGUUAUGGAGGUGCACAUGCAAUCUAAAAAGGUAAAAAAAAUCAAAUUCUGAGAUUAUAGUCAUCAGAAGAUAAUCAACAGAAAGAACUUUGCUUAACUGUUUACUGUCUUUCAUUGUAAUAUUAAAGGCCUACCUGAAAUAUCUACAUUAAAAACAAAAAAUAAGCACUGAGUGCUACCAGUUUUUCCCAACCCCAAAACCAAAUAUUGCUGAAAGAUGGAUUUUCUGCUAAUAUUAAUAACCUUAAACUUCCAACUAAUCCACUGUGCCAGCAUAAACUCAAAUUGACCCCGAACUAGAGUUACAGUUAAGUGAUUGUGAAGUUUUAUGUGAGACAAAAAACAAAAAGGGUUCACACUUUUUUAAUAAGUCUGCUAUGGAUGACAGCAUCUGAAUUAAAUUAGUUUAUUUUCAUACAUUACUAAAAUGCUUUUCCAUUUUCACAAUCCUAAGAAACAUUAACUGAAAGCUUUAAAAAUAGUUUAAGUCCCACCUUAGUUCUUGUUCCUUUUAGCUCCUCUGUAAUGGUAAAGGUAGCAUUCACUGAGCCAUCCAGACCAGACUUCCCACGCAUGAUCUUCUGCCUCUACUUAGCUGAAAGAUGUUAGUGCUUAAAUGGAGAUAACUGUCCAGGAUGGGCAUACAUUAAGCACACUAAAAUAAUUGUUAUGUCAUUCAACAGUCUAGUAAUGCUCAAUAUCAAAUCCCAUGCAGAAUGGCCACUAAGGUGGCCAUGGAUAAACCAUGGUUUGAAACCAUGCAUUCCAAAACUAGAGGAAAAGGUGGACAAGAAAAUAAUACUUUUUGCAGAUGUUCUGCGAGCAUUUGAAAAAUUAUUUAGACUUCCAAAGAUGAGCAAUGAGUAUCGUAACCUCAACUAACUUGCAUUACUUUCAAAAUAAACUGAUUGUUACAGCACAAAAUGUCAGUAAAAAAAAGUAAUGAUCUAUAAAUUUCUCAAGUAGUAUUAGAAAAGCUUGUUUUCACUAUUGGUUUUGUAUGUAGUAUUUAAACAAUUCAGAACUGAAAAAUUAAUAGUACUGCAAUUAUAGCAAUAGGAGAACCGAAAGAGACAGAAUGUAGUCAUCAAAAUACAUUCAAAGUUAUUUUAAAGUGACUGUAAAUGAUGUGACCAAUAAAUGAAGCACUGGUGAUAGCUUAGUAGAUCUGCAGGAAUUCCAUACCUUGUUGCAAAUUUCACACUGAGCUUGCAAUUAGAUGAACACCCAGCCACUCACAUUAGCCAACAAGAGCCAUUAGCUGCUGUUUACAACAAAUUGCAAUUAGUCCUCCUUAAUCCUAAUGGAUUUUUUUUCCAACUCACAUAAUUAAUGGCACAACAAUUUCAGGUUGAUUGGUUAUAAAAAUCUGGAUGAAAGUUAUUAAAUUAGAAACUAUACCACAAUGAUAUGGCAUUUAAAUUGUCAUUCACGAACAGAUGGGUGUUCUGAGCUUCACUGCACCUUAGAAUCUUCAUUAUUUAUUGGUGAGGCAGGGUCAGGAUUAAUUAAUAAGGGAUGUUUUUUUUCCAAUCUCAACUUUAGUUCAAAAGCAAUGACUUUGAAUGACAUAUCUUAACAUGGAAUGUUACACAGAGAAGGACAAGACUGUCAUUAAUCUAUCUGCCUACCCAAAUUCCAUGGUCCUUAGUAUAAAUACAUACAUACGUGCGUGUCUAAUAAAUAUUAAAAGAUACUAUUAAAUUCUAGUUAAAUUUUGCUCUAUUGGGGGCAAUAUUAAGUAGUCUAUAGAGAACUAUAGAAAUCCAAAAUAUUUUAAUAGCCUUUGCAGUUUUCUCUCAUUGUAUCUGACAUAUCCUUAUUUCUUAAGGUUUUAAUUUUCUUUUAUUUUAAUUUUGUAUUUAUAAAUAUGCCACAAUUUAUUUAGUUUGUGCAAUUUGGCACAAGGUGCGUGUACUCUGGUAUAAUAACAAGAAGCUGUCGCAACUUUAAUUCAAAUAAGGCACUGGCACAGUAAACCAGCAAUUGCAGCUAAGCAAUGAAAGAUGUAACAAGUCUAUUCAGUAAAUGAGCUCAUGACUCACCAACUCUGUGUUUCUGAGGUGCUACUAUAUGUAUUGUAAAUUAGGAUGGAAAGAAAAGAGUGUAAAUUUCAUAUUUUGUAAAAAUCUUUUCUUUUAGCUUUUCUGUACAGUAAAUGAAACAGUAAAAAAAUUGUGUGUCCUGCAUGCAACUGCUGAAUGUUGUAUUUGUCCAAUUAUUGUAUGUAUCAAGUUUAUUUCUUACCUCUAUACUCAAUGCAAAAGCAAUCUUACUGUCUUUUUUAAGUGAAGGAAUUGUAUGUAGUUAGGUGAUAUUACCUAUUUAUCUAAUAAAUGUGCAUUCACAUAACAAAACAUCUUCAUUAAAACUGCUGUCAGAAAUGAAAACA